GCGCGGCCCGGCCCGCUCAAGAUGGCGGUGCGGAAGAAGGACGGCGGCCCCAACGUCAAGUACUACGAGGCCUCGGACACCGUCAGCCAGUUCGACAACGUGCGGCUGUGGCUCGGCAAGAACUACAAGAAGUACAUCCAGGCCGAGCCUCCCACCAACAAAUCGCUGUCGAGCCUGGUGGUGCAGCUGCUGCAGUUCCAGGAGGAGGUGUUCGGGAAGCACGUCAGCAACGCGCCCCUCACCAAGCUGCCGAUCAAAUGCUUCCUGGAUUUCAAGGCGGGGGGAGCCCUGUGCCACAUCCUGGCAGCCGCCUAUAAAUUCAAGAGCGACCAAGGAUGGAUCCCUGCUCAGCCCAGCCCGUCCGUGUGUCCUGCAGAGGAGUGGGUCCGGCCCGUCAUGAAGCGUGACAAGCAGGUGCUGCUGCACUGGGGCUACUACCCCGACAGCUAUGACACCUGGAUCCCGGCCAGCGAGAUCGAGGCGUCCGUGGAGGAUCCCCCGACACCGGAGAAACCCCGGAAGGUCCACGCCAAGUGGAUCCUGGACACGGACACCUUCAACGAGUGGAUGAACGAGGAGGAUUACGAGGUGACGGACGAGAAGAGCCCCGUGACCCGCAGGAAGAAGAUCUCGGCCAAGACACUGACAGACGAGGUGAACAGCCCCGACUCGGACCGGCGGGACAAGAAAGGGGGCAACUACAAGAAGAGGAAGCGCUCGCCCUCCCCCUCGCCCACCCCCGAGGCCAAGAAGAAGAAUGCAAAGAAGGGACCCUCCACCCCCUACAACAAAUCCAAGCGCGGGCACCGCGAGGAGGAGCAGGAGGACCUGACCAAGGACAUGGACGAGCCCUCGCCCGUCCCCAACGUGGAGGAGGUCACCCUGCCCAAAACAGUCAACACCAAGAAGGACUCGGAGUCGGCGCCAGUCAAGGGGGGCACCAUGACAGACCUGGAUGAGCAGGAAGACGAGAGCAUGGAGACAGCGGGCAAGGACGAGGAGGAGAACGGCACGGGCAGCAAAGGGGAGCAGGCCAAGAACCCCGACCUGCACGAGGACAACGUGACAGAGCAGACCCACCACAUCAUCAUCCCCAGCUACGCCGCCUGGUUCGACUACAACAGCGUCCACGCCAUCGAGCGCCGCGCCCUGCCCGAGUUCUUCAACGGCAAAAACAAAUCCAAGACCCCCGAAAUAUACCUGGCCUACCGGAACUUCAUGAUCGACACGUACCGGCUGAACCCGCAGGAGUACCUGACCAGCACGGCGUGCCGCCGCAACCUGGCCGGGGACGUGUGCGCCAUCAUGAGGGUCCACGCCUUCCUGGAGCAGUGGGGUCUCAUCAAUUACCAGGUGGACGCCGAGAGCCGUCCCACCCCCAUGGGCCCCCCGCCCACCUCGCACUUCCACGUGCUGGCCGACACCCCCUCGGGGCUGGUGCCGCUGCAGCCCAAGACGCCCCAGGGCCGGCAGAGCGACGGCGACGCCAAGACGGGCCGCAAGAGCAAAGAGAUCGAGGAGCUGGUCAGCGAGACGGUGAAGGGCAAGCCGGAGCUGCAGCAGCCGAGCUCGGCCUCGCAGCAGAUGCUGAACUUCCCCGACAAGGGCAAGGAGAAGCCGGCGGACAUGCAGAACUUCGGGCUCCGCACCGACAUGUACACCAAGAAGAACGUCCCGUCCAAGAGCAAAGCGGCCGCCAGCGCCACUCGGGAGUGGACGGAGCAGGAGACGCUGCUGCUGCUGGAGGCGCUGGAGAUGUACAAGGACGACUGGAACAAGGUGUCAGAGCACGUGGGCAGCCGCACCCAGGACGAGUGCAUCCUGCACUUCCUGCGCCUGCCCAUCGAGGACCCCUACCUGGAGGACUCGGAGGCGUCCCUGGGCCCCCUGGCCUACCAGCCCAUCCCCUUCAGCCAGUCGGGCAACCCCGUCAUGAGCACCGUGGCCUUCCUGGCCUCCGUGGUGGAUCCACGCGUGGCCUCGGCAGCCGCCAAAUCGGCUCUGGAGGAGAGCGGGGCAGAGGAGGCGCGGGCUGAGGCGCAGCCGGCUGAGGAGAAGAAGGAGGUGAAGGAGCCCCGGGAUGGCAGCACCGAGGAGGAGGCCAAGGAGAAACCUGGGGAGACCCCCAAGAAGGAGGAGGAGAAGGGGAAGGAGGUGGAGGGCGAGAAGGAGCCAGACAAGGGUGACAGUGACAGUGCCGGUGAGCCCGAGAAGGAGAAGGAGGUGAAGGAGGGGCAGGAUGAGGCGCCCAAGGAGCCGCCGGAGCCCGAGGCCGAGCGCAAGGCCAAGGUGGAGCGGGACAUCGGCGAGGGGAACCUGUCCACGGCCGCCGCCGCCGCCCUGGCCGCUGCUGCCGUCAAGGCCAAGCACCUGGCGGCCGUGGAGGAGCGUAAAAUCAAAUCCUUGGUGGCUCUGCUGGUGGAGACGCAGAUGAAGAAGCUGGAGAUCAAACUGCGGCACUUCGAGGAGCUGGAAACCAUCAUGGACCGCGAGCGCGAGGCCCUGGAAUACCAGCGGCAGCAGCUCCUGGCCGACCGCCAGGCGUUCCACAUGGAGCAGCUGAAAUACGCCGAGAUGCGCGCCCGGCAGCAGCACUUCCAGCACCUGCAGCAGCAGCAGCAGCAGCAGCAGCCGCCGCUGCCCCCCGGGGCACAGCCCCUGCCCGCCGCCGCCGCCCCCCUGGCCCCCGCUGCCCACCCGCUGGCAGCGCAGCCCACCCCGGCCAUGGUGGGCCCCGCCGAGCCCGUGGGGCAGCCCCUGCCCGGGGCCCCCCCGCCGCAGCCGCCGCCGCCCCCGGGCACAGCACCCGCGGCGCGUUGUCGUUGCGAGGAAAAAAAAUAA